AUGGCACAGGAUGCCAGUCGUCGGCCGGAGGAGGGGCAGAAGGUGGCGGGCAUGGGGGCUUCCCAUGGAGGCAAACAACAUCAUCGCCGCAUUCGACUUCUGAAGAUGGUGUGCCGAUGGCCUGGACCGCUGGCCUUUACCACUCUGAUCUGGAAGGGAGCAAACCUCUCCAAGGUCUUUACCCUACUCAAGGGUCAACAUGACGCGGUGGAACUUUUCCGUGCUGGCUUUAGAGCUGUUGGUGCCGACGGCUUUAGCAAAAAGCUAGAAACAGCGGUAGCCAAACUCCCGCAGCGCGUUGUCACUUUGGAAAAACGCAUGGCUAACUUAGCGUACUUUCAACUUUGCUCCUCGGUGUUCCACCAAUUGGGUGAAAAACGGCACAUCACCAAGGGGCUUAAUACCGAGCUCCUGAAGCUUGGUAAAAAUCUCAAGGGCUGCGACGUCCCAAAAAUGGACAUUAGUUCCUUAGGGGCCACCAUUGCGCUCUUGUACAACGAGAAUGUCCAGCGAUUCGAGAACCCCAAGAUCUUGGCGCCACUCAAGAAUGUAUUCGCAUCGAGCAAGAUUUUCGUACGACCGGAUUAA